GGCCCAGUGGCGCCUCCGCCCGCUAUUGCAGACAUGGCGGGGUCUCUAGGCGGGAUGUUCUCGGGGCAGCCGCCUGGUCCGCCGCCGCCCCCGCCCGGGCUCCCGGGCCAGGCCUCGCUUCUGCAAGCCGCUCCCGGGGCUCCGAGACCGUCGAACAGCACUUUGGUGGACGAGUUGGAGUCGUCAUUCGAGGUAAGCCGCGCCGUGGGCGUCCCUGUGCAGCCUUCGGAAGUCGCGCCUGUCUCGGUGGUCCCUGCGCCCCGUGGGUGCCGGGGGUCGGAGAGCCGAAGCCGCUGCCCGAGGCUGGCUGCAGCCCGUGUCCGGCGGCCUCUGGUGCCUCCGCACCCGCGGCCUUUCUGGAGACAACUCACAGAAUCUCGGGGCUCUUUGGAUUCCAGCCGGCGUUCUGCUCUGCAGGAUGUCUCAGAACUAAGGAGUGAACUGCAGCGGAAAGAUGCGCUGGUCCAGAAGCACUUGACAAAGCUGAGGCACUGGCAGCAAGUGCUGGAGGACAUCAAUGUGCAGCACAAGAAGCCAGCUGAGAUCCCCCAGGGCUCCUUGGCCUACCUGGAGCAGGCAUCUGCCAAUAUUCCUGCCCCUCUAAAGCCGACCUAAGAGCACUCUGCCUGGGAUGCAGCUGUGUCGUCUUGCCUGAUGUCUCUGUGUAGACAUGGCCUUUUGGAAGAACUCGUUGAUGAUAUGUGGGUGGUAGUUUAUGUCCUGCCCAUUUUUAUUUCUUUAUUGGGUAAGAUUUAAACGUGAAGCCCAGUCUGACCUUGAACCUGUGAUUCCCAGUUCUCUAAAUUCCUGGAGUUCUUUAUAAAAUGCUUGAAGCUUUGAUAAACCAA